AUGAAUUUUAAGAUUUUCCUUUCUUUGUCAAUUUUUUUGUUUUUUUUAAAACCAAAUGUUCCCCAAGGUGUUUAUGGGUUGAAAAAUGUAUGCAAAUUAAAUUUUUUAAAUUUUAAUGGUUUUCUUCCUCUACAUAAAACUAAUAAAUGUUUUUCUAAGCAUGAUGAAAAUUUAUAUGAUAGUUGGGAUGUUAAGCCAUUAUGGAAUGCUAAACCAUUUUCUUUAAUGAAAUUGCCCUUUAACCCUCAAGAUAUGUCCCCUUUCUUGAGUGAGGAAGCUAUAAAAUAUCAUUACAGCAAACACCAUGCUACAUAUGUGAAGAACUUAAAUAAUUUAUCUGAGCAACAUAAGGAUUUAAAAAGUUUAACAUUAGAAGACAUAAUAAAAAAGUAUGAUGGAUCUAUAUACAAUAAUGCAG